GAUCUGGUCACACUUGUCUUGCAGCUAGAAUUUGUCAACAUGCAGGCAUCGCCAGUGAACGAUCCAUUGGAAAUAUUGACGAAUAAAGGCAACCGCCAGCCGACAUUCGUGGGUCCCAUAUGGAAUCCCAUUGCUGGCGCGAUUGCCGGUUUCGGCAUUGCGCUCUUUGUCAACUGGGGCUUCCGUAAGCCCGCUUUCUCUGGCAUACAGAAUCACAUUGCGUUUACAGCCAUCGGCGCUGGACUUGGUGCCUUCAUUGACAAGCAACGCGAUGCAUAUCUGGCCAAGCGCGACGCUGUGCUCCGGCAUUACGUUGAGUUGCAUCCGGACGACUUUCCGAAAACAGAUCGUAAGAAAUACGGCGAGGUUUUGGAGAGUUGGGUGCCAGUCCGUUAAGUGCUCGGUGCUGCGUAAAGGUCUACGGCUUGAGCCCUGCCUUAAAACGACACAUUUUAGUUAAUUAAACUGCUCUAAUUGUAAUACAUAUGAAUACAAAAGUAAAAUAA